AUGCCAUCCUCGCCCAAGACUACACUCACAAUCAGCAGCCAUCAGUCGACCAUGAAGAUUCAAUCCAUUGCAAUUUUUGUCGCUGCCGUCUUCACGGGGUUCGCUUUUGCCUCUCCGGUCCCCGGGGCAGAACCUGCUCCAGCAGUUGACAGCGUGCCUUGUGGAUGCACUAAUGAUUGCAUUAUUGCCUGUGCGGGCAGGCCAAACUGCAAUUGCCCCCAAUUUUGCGACCCGAAAUAUGCUUGCCCCACGACAACGACCGCGAAACCGACAACGACAACGUCUCCAACCCCGACUUUCCCGCCGGGAACUACGUGUGGAUGCCAUAACUCUUGCACACUCUUUGGAUGCGGACCGGAUAUUCCAAGGGAUCAAUGCGUUUGCCCCCAAUUUUGCGACCCCAUUUAUGAAUGCCCCCCUACGCCCACCACCACUGCCCCACCAAGGCCAACCUUCACGUGCGGCUGCACGAAUGAUUGCAAGAUUGCUUGCGGUGGAAGGCCAGGGUGUAUUUGCCCUCAGUUCUGUGAUCCGAAGUAUGAGUGCAAGACGACCACCUGAGCUGGAUGGAAUUAGUUCUUUGUGAUUUUUAUUUUUAUUUUUAUAUUUAGAAAUGUACGGUGUAAAUCUGAUCAGUUUACUGGCCGUUAAAAUUUGAUGCUCUAAUCAAGGCUGAGGUA